AUGUUACCACAACUUCCCGCAGAAAUUAUAGCAGAAAUAUUUGAAUAUUUUCAAUAUGAUAUAAAAUCAAUAUAUUCAUGUGUCAAAGUCAAUCGAAUGUGGUGUAAAAUAGCAAUUCCAGUUUUAUGGCGUUUUCCUACUCAACAUAAAUUUCUCCUUUCCAACAAUAAAUUUUGGUCAAGCAUUUCUCGAAUCAUUAUAUCUUGUUUAUCGGAUGAUUCCUUCAAACAUAUAAUUCGACUUUAUGAAAGUAAUAAUCUUCCAUUUCUUCAAAAUGAACUUUAUCGAAAUUUUUUAUCUUAUGGAUCAAGAUUAAAAUAUCUUCAACUUCCUUAUAAUAUUCGUUUAACCAAAUAUCCCGAAGCUCAAUAUACUUUAAUGAAUCUUCAAUAUUUAAGAUGUGACGCGAAUACUUCGGCCAAUUAUUAUAAUGAAUUGGCAAUUUAUUGUUGUACAUUAAAAAAGUUAAUCAUUGAUAUAUGGGGAAAAGAUAAUGAAGGAUUGGCCAAUUUUAUUAAAUCUCAACAUUCACUUCAACAUUUUGAAAUUCAUUCUCAAAUUAUUCAAAUUUAUCCAUUAAUCGCGGAUGCAUUAUGUACUCAAGUUGAUACAUUAAAAUAUUUAAGAAUUGUGGGAAAUCCUUGUUUUAAAUCAAGUGUGAUUGGUAGGUUUCAAAAGUUAAAAACCUUAAGUUUGGAAAAUUUUAAUCAUCAUGUGGAAGUUUUGGAAAAUUUGAAAUUUCCCGAACUUGAAAAUUUGGAUAUCAUUUAUGAUACUGUAACUUCUUUUGAAGUUUAUAAAGAAAUUAUUGAAGGAGCCGCUCCA